AUGACCAACCCAAAGGGAAAGAGGAGGGGCACCGGCUACACGUUCUCUAGGCCUUUUAGAAAACAUGGAGUUGUUCCUUUGGCCACAUACAUGCGAAUCUACAAGAAGGGUGAUAUUGUGGAUAUCAAGGGAAUGGGUACUGCUCACAAAGGAAUGCCCCACAAAUACUAUGACGGCAAAACUGGGAGAGUCCACACUGUUACCCAGCAUGCUGUUGGCAUUGCUGUAAGCAAACAAGUUAAGGGCAAGAUUCUUGCAAAGAGAAUUAAUGUGUGUAUCGAGCAUAUUAAGCACUCUAAGAGCCAAGAUAGCUUCCUGAAAUAUAGCUUCCUGAAAUGUGUGAAGGAAAAUGAUCAGAAAAAGAAGGAAGCCAAAGAGAAAGGAACUUGGGUUCAGCUGAAGCACCAGCCUGCUCCACCCAGAGAAGCACAUUUCUUGAGGACCAAUGGAAAGGAACCCGAACUGUUGGCGCCCAUUCCCUAUGAAUUCAUGGCCUGA